AUGCCUGCGCCCGCUUUGGUUUCGCGCAGCGUGUCGGAAUGGAUUUCAGUGGAAGCAGGCUCUGCAAGCGAGGGCCCGAGGCUUGCUUUCACAGCGUGGAACGUGGUGCCGCCGAGGCUCCCCAGGCGGGCACUGCCGGGCCUGUCGCCGUCGUCGACGUUUCCGCUCUGUUCUCUGGCUGUGCGGAGGGCCGGCGGCAUGUUGUUAGGCUUCUCCACGAGUCGUGCUGCGAGGGCGCUAGCGGAUUCAUCCGACUUCCAGGACACCCCUGGCCUUCCGGCGGCGCUGAGCAGCCUGCGCGAGCACUACCGCCGCCUGGCCCUCCAGCUGCUUGGGGCGCUGGCGGAGGGCCUCGGCUGGCAGGCGCAGGCCCUCGCCGGUCCGUCCGCGGGCUCCACGACUCCCAUCGUCGGCCGCGCGCAGGCCGCAGCGGCUUCGGCAUCUCUUCCUUCUCCGGCCGUCGUGGCCCUGCACUACCCUGCCGUCGCGCGCGCGGACGUGCCCGCAGCCGACGGGCACGCUGGCGCGCAAGAGCUCGGCGCGGCCAUGCGGGCCUACCCGCACGCGGACGGGGACAGCGUGCUCACGCUGCUGGCCCACGAGAACGUGGCGGGGCUGCAGGUGCUCGUGCGUGGGGCCUCUGUCGAGGACGACAGGUGGGCAGACGUCCCAGAGGUGCCGGGCGGGAUCACGGUCCAGCUGGGGCAGAUGUUGCAGCGGUGGACGGACGACCGGCUGCUUGCCACGCCGCACCGCGUUGUGCUGCGCCCGGGGGCGGAGGGCAGCUCGGCGUACCCGGCGCGGCUCACGCUGGCGUAUUUCUUCCAGCCGCCUCCCGACACGGCGCUGUCGCCGCCAGGUGGAGGCGCCGUGUACGAGCCGGUGACCGCCGCCGAUUUCUCGAAGAUGGCUCGUACCGACUCAGAGGGGCGCAGCCUGAAGCUCACCAGCAACAUCCUGAAGGACGGUCUCUGGGUCGGUCAGCGCGGGGGUGGCCGCAGAGGCCCUCCGGAUGUCCCCGGGUGA